GAAACUCGGCCCCGUUCUCGUUCCAGCGUCGCCAAAGCGCGUCGAGCUCGCUGACCCGGGCGGGGGCUGGCUCCGGCUGCGGUUCUCGGUCGUGCGUCUCCGUAGUGUCUCUGCCCUCGCGGCCGUACCCGGCCUGGCCGGGGCCUUCGAAGUAGUUGUAGUGAAUCGAUAGCGAUUUUUUUUUUAGUCUCCGUCUCCGGUAGUAGGCCACCAGUUCGGACUAGAGUAGCGACCUUUUCCGCACCGAUUGUUUCUCCUCGUCGAGUCGGGCUUGAAUCAGGUCGGCAGGUGGCGUGGUGAGCCCGGUGCGAUAUGCCACUGGUCCUGGCCGCAGGCCGUGUCAUGUUUCUCCUCUGACCUUGCGAGGCCUGUGAUAGGUUCUGGCUGAGCUUGAUCGCCCUGAACUCACAUUGUGGUCUAUUGUGGUGAACAAUGUCGAGGAGGUAUGUUCGGAUGUGUGAUUCUUCCGUCAGAUCCGCCGCGGUCACCUUGCUUCGUAGUCAUGAAUUUCCGCUCUGUUCAUGGAGCUGUUGACAGAAUCAUGAGUUUUCCCAUACUUUUGACGAACGCUAGAGCUUGUCACUUCACGGUAUGCUCGGGGUAUGAAGCGGACAGUAUUUCCAAGGUGCAACACCUUGCCAAAACCUCUGGGCGCCAUUACAUUAUACUUUAUUCGUUACAACCCCGGGACCUUCGCUCCCUUUGACUCCUCAAUUUCCGUUGCGGAGUCUUGAUCUCUUCUCAGCAUCUGUGGACGUCGUCUCGGUUAGCCUUGAGCUCGCGAACGGAAAGCUACCUGGGCAUUAUCAUCGAGAUGGUCCUCCAACCUUCCAUGGGUGGUUUUUCUCGCCAGCUGCAGGUUCUUCCAGAGUAGGAGAAUCGACCGACGCGGCUGCAGUGUGGUCGGGAGGAAGCAACAUGGAGAAACUCGGAAGAUCAGUUGGAGAAUUGGAGGGAGUCUAGCGAAGUAGAGCAUCUUUCGUUGGACUGAGAACAGGAGCAGCGCGGGGCUUGAUUGCCAGGUAGCAAGUUCAGUAAGUCCGGAAGGCAUGGAGCGAAGCGGACGGUUGAAUGCGACGGGCCCUGGAAUCGAAUUCUUUCUCAACCGAAUUUCUCCAUUCAUGUCCGAUGGCAGGACCCUUGCUUAGCACCCAUAGAAAUGGAUGAGAACUCCGACUAGUUUCGCACUGUUCUUCGAAAGACGGGACGCGAGAGGACCACUAGGAAGACAAGUCGAAGAUAGGGCCGGAGAUGCACGCCACCGAGGUGGGAUUAUCUCCUCGCAGGGAGGAGGAUACAGGGAAGUCCUUGAGGGAAAACGAUUUGAUAAGCAUGUUUAACGAUAACGAUCCGCAGUCUGUAGACAUGAGAGCCCAACUUUUGCAAUAUGCAUUGGCGAAUCAGGAACUUGUGGCUAAACUUGCCGCGAGCGACUCUGAGAGAGAAGCUUUGAAGGCUGCCAACGUCGAGCUGACAAGACAGGUUGCUGAGAUGCGAAGCAGACUCGCAUUAGGUGGUGGCUGUGUAAGAGACAGCUCCGAGCAAGCAGACGAAGGCACCUUCUUCGCCACAGCCUGCGAGCAAGUUGAGCGUCAGGACGAUGCACAAGUUCCAGGUUAUUUAGAUGUGGAGACGGCCAAUUUUUUGCUCAAUGCUCUGCAGGACUCUCCGGUCUAUGUGAGCUACAGUGACCGCGACUUGCGCUACGUAUGGUGUAAUCGGACAAUGAAAGGCUUUUCAAUUAAGGAUGUUAUUGGGAAACGUGAUGAUGAACUUGGACCUCCCGGCACUGAAGGUUUGCUGGACGCGUUAGAGCUUAAGAGAAAAGCUCUUGUUACUCGAGAAACUCAAAUAGCUCAAGUCAGAAUGAAUAUGCCUGAUAUUGGACGCGUGUGUUUGAUAACGACAAGUCGCCCUCAUUUUGACUGUGAUGGGAAUCUUGUUGGUGUUUCUAACGCCGCGAUUGAUAUCACAGAGCAGAUGGAAGUGCAAGAACAUCUAUCAAGCCUGAAGAAGGAGGUUAUGGCACAUAAAGCAACUGAACAGGAGUUACGCCAAGCAGUUCAUAACACAGAAGAAGCAAUAUGUGCAAAGAACAUGUUCCUGGCUAUUAUGUCACACGAGAUCCGAACUCCGCUGAAUGGACUCCUUGGGCUCGCUGAAGCUUUAGAUGCCACAGUUUUGAACGCAGAGCAACAGGAGUUGGUGAACGCCAUGCUCUCUUCUGGAGUCAUUAUCGCAGACAUAUUGGGUGACAUUUUAGAUCUUGCGAGCAUGGAAGCCGGAGGAUCGAUGCAUCUGGAAGAGCAGCCGUUUUCUCCUUCAGAAGCUGUUCAGGACAUAAUGAAAAUGGCUGUCGCUGCCACUAGAGAAAAAGGAAUUCAAGUGCUUUGUGACGUGGCAAGCGAUGUACCGUCCAAGCUCAUAGGCGACCCGCUUCGGGUUCGGCAGGUGAUGAAGUACCUCAUUUUAAAUGCUAUCAAGUUCACUCAUGUUGGUACUGUAACGAUUAGAGUUGGAGUUAGGAGUGUAUCUACUCCUUCACUUGAAACUUCAUCUAUCAAACAGGAAGAGAGACAAGGCAUGAGAAGCACAGAUUUUAUAACCAAACGCAAAGCAAUGUCUGAUGUCGAUGAUAGAGGUGAUUCUCAAUUAGAUUCCGGCGAACCGUCUGCAAGCUCGAUGUAUAGAAGGACCCCUGAUAAAGAUGAUUCCCCAAGUAGUUCACGCUCAUUCAGCACAGAGCAGAAAAGGACGCAUUUCACGGGUUCCAAUAGUGAAGAUUCAGUGGAGAGGCUAAGUAAAGUAGGAAAUUCGAAGUUUGAGAAUGGAUCUAUACUUGUACGGCACGACUCUAUUCCAGGUGCAGAACCAAGACAUCUACCCAGUGGAUGGAACGAAGCGACCCCGAUGGUGGGAGUUGAGGAAGCUGCGGUUCCACAUCAACACACGUCAGAAUCUAUGAAAAGCCAGAUAAAUGCAAACGCUGAAGAGGUUUAUUUGUGGUGUGAAAUUGUCGAUACAGGGGUUGGCAUCCCUGAAGAGGCUUUUCCAACAUUAUUUGACAAAUUCACUCAAGUAAACACCGGCCCAACCAGGAUAUAUGGAGGUACCGGACUUGGAUUAGCAAUUUGUAAGCAGCUGGUUGAGCUGAUGGGAGGUGAGCUGACUGUCAAAAGUGAAGUCGGAAAGGGUUCGACUUUCACUUUCAAUGUGCUGUGUAAAGUUUCUCAACCGAAGGAAGAGAGACCUUGCGAUACGGUAUGUCAACCACCUUCCAGUGUCAAGGGUCAGACCAAAGAUGUGUCCGAAAGUGAGGAGCAAUUGGCCUUCACUCCUUUGCAAACAUCUUCAUUGACAACCAAUGUGGAUUCGGCGGAUGCGAGUUCCAAGCAAGAAGGAAAGAUACAACCCAGGAUUUUGCUGGCUGAAGAUAAUAAGGUAAAUGUUAUGGUGGCCAUCUCAAUGUUGAAAAGGCUUGGGUUUACAGCUCAAGUAGUAGCUAACGGGGUUGAAGCAUUAGAAGCUAUACGUAAAGAUCAUUAUGACCUCGUCCUCCUCGACAUCUGUAUGCCUCUGAUGGAUGGUUUACAAGUGGCGUAUGCCAUAAGGCGAUACGAGGAAACAGGAGAAUGGCCUGAAGAUGACCUUAGAGACAUCUUUGCUAGUGCGUCGAAGUCCAUGUUGCAAGUGGAGAGCGACAAGGAGAAUCGUGAAGCUCAGACGCAUUCAGAAACCAGCAAGGACAAACGAGAACGGAUGAAGAACGCUUUAGAAGGUUUGAGGAAAAGUGGUUUAAGCGGGCGCAGAUUACCCAUAGUGGCCGUCACUGCCAAUGCUUUGAGGUCCGAUGUCGAUAAGUACUUCGCGCACGGAAUGGAUGCUUUCAUUGCAAAGCCUGUUAUGUUUCAAAAGCUGCGGGAAACUCUGGCGAAAUACCUGCCUCUGCAGACGCAACAGCAGGCUGAUGUCCCUGAAGGCAGCACUAGUACGAGUGCUAAAGCCAGUGAGGAAAGUUGAUUUACAUCAUUGUUCAGUCAACGGAGUACUUAGAGAAAUGUCUUCCCAUUCGGGGUAAAUGUCAAUAUGUGCCUGGAUUAGUGACACUUUACCAGUUUGUAUAGACACUUUGUUCUUUCCGACAGUAGGUACAUUUCGUCCUGGUGCAUAGAUCGAUUUCUUGGGGCUUGGCCAUGGGCAUAUGUGAAGCACCCCUGAGUUUCAAGCCGUGAAAUCACGUAUUCGGGGGUUAUGCAUAGUGCGCUCCAAUCUACAGUAGAAACACUCUUGUACCAUAUUAGAUCAGUUUAAUUCUUGAUACAGUAGCACAGUUUUUUCCGGCAAUUCGGUUUGAACUAAAUUCACUGAAACGUGAGUAUGCAGUGAUCUUCCACUUGAAGCAACUGCUUUAAGUGGAAGAUCUGUCUCCUGUCUGGGCGUGUCUGGGCACAGUAGAACUGUCCCUUGCCUGAAAUAAGAGCAUACGUCAUCACUCAAGGUAGUUCUUUAUAAAACGACAACGUCACUCGGGCACACAACUUCCCCCUUUCCAGUAUUCUCAUGUAUAAGUUGCGUCUAAUCGUGGCCGAGACUUACAUUCGAAAUGACGUUACUUUUCGAAUAGGUUGUCUACUCAAGGGGUUUGCUUCAAACACCCAUCUGACCCUGAGUACCACUACAUACCCGCACAUUGAAUUAACUGUGGAGAAG